ACAUCAAUCAUAGAAUAUAAUUGAUUGUCCAAAGACUCUGAUAAUUUAUUUUAUUACAAGUUGCACUCAACAUUUGAUGGACACAUGAGUUCUGUCUCUCAAAGUGUGAAGCAAAAGCACCCUGUUUCAGUUAGUCUUAUAAUUACUUCAAUUCAAUACCUUUGUGAACAGUGAAAUCUCUUUUGCAUUGGUUGAACUUCCUACUUCUACUACCAUCAUUGCAGCCAACCCCUCUUUCAUUAUUAUUAUUAUUCAUGUCCUUUACAUCCUACAAGCGUUUCACUGUUCUAAACCAUAAUCAUCAAUGAGAUUUUUAUUGGCAUCUUAGAGUUCCCUUUUGAGAUUCCAAGCUGAACAAAUUUAUUUUUUCUGGAAUAUCACAUCCCUUUCUCAUGUUAUCUUCUGCAAAUGCUCUUGUGAUCACCUUUAUAAACAAUAUUCUUCUUUCUAGUGCCUGUUACCUUUUCUGUGUAAACUUUGUGAGAACAAUUAUGGCUGUUUCCAUUCUCAUACUAUUUACUUGAUAUUAUUAUGACCACACCACCAACCUACGUAACCAACCUCAUGUCCCCUUCUUUUUCCCUUCUUGUGCGCUUGUGAUCCUUAUCAUAUUUGAUUACUCGGUGUUCUAAUAGAAUUUUGCAACUAGUACAAUUCAACCCUUGAGUCUUUAACUAGUCUCAUGUGUUGUCUUCAUGUGUAUGCUUUAGUGCUUUUCUACAUUUCUCACAUGUGAAUAGUUUGCUUCCCUUUAUACUCGCUUAAUUAGUUGUUGAUUGCCAUAAUUCCCAUAUAAGCUUUCUUGUGCUGCAUCUGUUUUCUAUAUUCCUCACACAGGUCCAGCUUCUGUACUCUUUUUUUGUUCUGCUGCAACAGUUCCAUCCCCAGUUACUUUCUUUCCCUUUCACCUUUGCAAUCAUUAGUUUCAGUGUGAGGUUCAGUUGUUCUAAGUUUGUUCGUCUCAGUUUCAAUUAUUAUCUGUGCCCAUUUUGUUACAGUUGUUACUUAUUACAAUACUCAAAUCACUAGCCUUUAGCCUUACAACCUUGUCAAUGCCUCCUCCUACAUAUUUUCCUCUUCGUUGGGAGAGCACUGGGGACCAGUGGUGGUAUGCAUCACCAAUAGAUUGGGCUGCUGCUAAUGGCCUCUAUGACUUGGUUCGUGAGUUGCUUAGAAUGGAUAGUAACCACCUCUUCAAGCUCACUUCCCUGCGCCGAAUUCGGCGCCUGGAAGUGGUGUGGGAUGAUGAAGAACAAUUCAAUGAUGUUGCAAAGUUUCGUAGUGAAGUGGCACAGAAGUUGCUUCUUGAAUGUGAGUCCAAGAGGGGGAAAAAUUCUCUCAUUAGUGCUGGAUAUGGUGGAUGGCUAAUGUACACUGCAGCCUCAGCUGGGGACUUGGCUUUUGUUCAAGUCCUUCUUGAGAGGAACCCAUUGCUGGUUUUUGGUGAGGGAGAGUAUGGUGUCACUGACAUACUUUAUGCUGCUGCAAGGAGCAAGAACUGUGAAGUUUUCAGGCUGCUGUUUGAUUUUGCUGUUUCACCAAGGUUUCUAGCUGGCAAAGGUGGGAUCAUGGAGGGGCAUGUUGGGAACAUUCCUUCUGUUUAUAAGUGGGAGAUGACCAAUAGGGCUGUUCAUGCUGCUGCUAGAGGAGGGAAUCUGAAGAUUUUGAAGGAGCUUCUUGCUAAUUGCUCAGAUGUUUUGGGUUAUAGAGAUUCUGAGGGAUCUACUGUUUUGCAUGCAGCUGCAGGCAGAGGGCAGGUUGAGGUAGUUCAAUAUCUUACAUCAACCUUUGACUUGAUCAACUCCACAGACCAUCAAGGUAACACUGCUUUGCAUGUGGCUGCUUCCAGGGGCCAAUUACCUACAGCUGAAGCUCUAGUCUCAGCAUUUCCCACACUGAUCUCUCUGAGAAACAACUCUGGAGAAACUUUUCUGCAUAAGGCUGUAUCUGGUUUUCAAUCUCACGCAUUCCGAAGAUUGGACCGGCAGGUUGACCUUUUGAGAAACUUACUAAGUGGUAAGAAUUUCCAUGUGGAGGACAUCAUCAAUGACAAGAACAAUGAUGGAAGAACUGCUCUACACAUGGCCAUCAUAGGCAACAUUCACACUGAUCUUGUGCAGCUUCUGAUGACAGCUCCAUCUAUAAAUGUGAAUAUAUCUGACGUUGAUGGCAUGACCCCACUUGAUUACCUUAGGCAACACCCUAAUUCUGCAUCAUCAGAUAUACUAAUCAAGAAGUUGAUCUCAGCUGGAGGAAUGUUUGGUUGCCAAGGUCAUAGCUCAAGGAAAGCCAUAGCAACACAUUUGAGAAUGCAAAGCAUUGGAAGCAGUCCUGGCACAUCAUUCAGAGUCUCAGAUACUGAGAUAUUCUUGUACACUGGCAUUGAGAAUAUCUCAGAUGCUAGUGCUGAUCAUGGAAGUGGAGGAAUGAGUUCAUCUUCAUCAGAACACAUUCAGUUUGAUCCAAAUGCCGCUGAGAAUCGCGUGUUGACCGCUAGCAAAAGGCCUAGUUCUGUGAACCAUGCAGCAGCAAGGUUGAAGAGAGCUCUUCAGUGGCCUAGGGUGAAAAAAUCUGAAGGGUUCAAGAAAUCUACAGAUGAGGGUUCAGUGGACUCAUGCAGGAAAUGGAAUAACAGCUUUGAUGAAACUCCAACCCCACUUAGACAAAGGUUUUCUUCUAGGCCAUCUUCAAUUCCCAACAACAAAAGAACUCUUUCUGUGAGAAGUCAACAAUCAAGUCCAAAUGCUAAGAAGAGGUUUGCUUCAGGACUAGUGCAUGGAGUCAUGCAAUCCAUGCCACAUGCCAAGGUUUCAGGCAGAUCCAGGUCUAGUUCAUUUUCAAAGUCAUCAUCAAUUUCCUCACCUAGAUCAAUAGACAAGCAAAAGGGCAUUUGCAUUGACAAUGACAUUGCUGGGCCAUCUUGCUCAAGUCAACCACCAAUUGAUGAUGAAUCACCAAAGUUGGUGAAGAGAACUUCUGUUGGUAGGAAGUUUAGGGGCCAUUAUUUCUGCUUUGGUGCACCUGGCCUUAAUGUCAAAAACUCAGUUCACAAGGCUCAUGUUGUUGCAGUGGCUUAAUUGGAUGAGCUUAUAUAGCUAAUUCCUGACCAUGCUAAUUCAACAAAUAAGGGAAAAAGCUGCUUCGUCAACUUUAAACUUCCCUGUUAAGGGUUCCUUAUAGUAAGUUUUUAUAGAUUAUAAUUUGUGAAGGAUUAGCUCAUCCUCAACUCCAUCUGUGAAUGUAAAACUCCUGUGUUAAAAUAUGCUUCUUGUUAUAUUGGCAUCAAAUUAGCUCAAUUUGGUGCCUAGUAAUGUAAGAAUUAACAUUGCCAAUGUCAUUAUAACCUUUUGACUACUAA